CAAAAUCCCCCCUCGCUCCUUCACUUUCAACUCACACACUCUCUCUCCCAUUGCUUUUGCUUCUUUUUCAAAAAAAUCAAACCAGAACUUGCCAAAUUAAAUUUGUGAUCAAACUCUAUACAUGAUGGAGUAUUUUAUGGGGGAUUAUGCUGAAUUUUCGUCAGUGGAUAAUAUUAAUGGUAAUAGUAAUGGUAAUGGCGCCCAUUUCACGGUGGAUGAUUUGUUGGAUUUUUCCAAGGAGGACGUGGCGAUGACGGACGCUUUUUUUGAUAGCUUGGCAGCAAAUUCCGGCGAUUCCUCGGCUGUCACCGUCGUCGACAGCUGUAAUUCGUCGGUUUCUGGCGGUGGAGAUGGCCAAUUUAAUGGAAAAGUUAGCUGCCGUAGCUUCACCGACUCUCAAUUUUCCGGCAAUGAACUCUGUGUUCCGUACGAUGAUCUAGCAGAGCUGGAAUGGCUUUCAAAUUUUGUGGAGGAAUCAUUCUCAAGCGACGACGUCCACAAGCUCCACUUCAUUCCGACACACACGGCCACCGCCGUGGAGCCCACCGUUACUUCCUCCUCCGCCACCACAAUUUCAGUCUCUCCGAUCAACCAUUCACCACCGCCGCCAAUUUUCCCCUCGGAUGUCUCCGUCCCAGGCAAAGCCCGCAGCAAGCGCUCUCGCGCCGCCCCCUGUGACUGGUCCUCCCGCCUCCUCCUCCUCUCUGCCCCACCUUCCUCCACCUCCUAUACUCACUACAAUAAUAUCACUGCAAACACAGACCCCAACCCCAAGGCCAUGAAAACGACACCGACUAAGAGAAGGGAGCCAACUGAAACCCCAGGCCGGAAAUGUCUGCAUUGCGCCUCAGAGAAAACUCCACAGUGGAGAACCGGCCCAUUGGGCCCAAAAACUUUAUGCAAUGCUUGUGGGGUCCGAUACAAGUCGGGUCGGCUCGUACCCGAAUACCGACCAGCCGCUAGCCCGACUUUUGUGUCCACCAAGCACUCGAAUUCCCACCGGAAAGUUGUGGAGCUCCGGCGGCAAAAGGAGCUGCAGAUGCACCAGCAGCAGCUGCUUAGUCAAACAUCAAUUUUCAACAUAUCCAACGGCUGCGAUGAUUUCCUUAUUCAUCAUCACAAUGGUGCCAAUGAUCCUGAUUUCAAGAACGUGAUCUAGUUUAGCGGAUACUAAUUUUAGCGUUUUAAAGUAACCAGUGACAACCUCAUUUUUCUAAUUCACUACUACAGUUUAGAGAUUUGAAUUUUGGAGAAAAGAGGGAUUUCAUAGAGAACUUACUCCAAAUGGAGGGAGAAAACAGUCAAUUCAAUUGUAGAAGUUGGAUGUUUUAUGUGAAUUUCUACUUUAAUUCAGUAGAUUUUACUUUUGUUGAAUUA